AUUUUUAAACCAGUGGCGUGUAUUCAAUCCGCGUUCACUACUUUGCGUUGGAUCAACAAGCUGACAACACCUAUUGGACAUUUUUUCUAUCGAAGAACUACUUUGAGAUAAUUCAAAUCUAAGAUGGCGAAAUUGGAAGGUUGCGCUAACUGCGCCAAGAUCCUGCUGAUUGUCUUUAACAUCAUCUUCUUCAUUGUCGGCAUCAUCCUUUUGGCUGUUGGAAUAUGGGUAGUGACAAGCCCGUAUAAGCUUGAUGUAUUGGCCAUCUUGGACAACCCCGUUAUCUCGGGUGGGGCGUACUUCAUCAUCGCAUUAGGGGCGUUCAUCUUUGUAGUGGCGUUCCUUGGAUGCUGUGGAGCAUGGAUGGAGAACAGACUUAUGCUCGUCAUCUAUUUCAUCAUCGUUCUUGGAAUCUUCAUUGCUCAGUUCAUUGGAUGCGCUGUUAUCAUUGCAUACAAGGACACGGUUGAUAACUUUGUCACCAAUCAGCUUCAACCCACGAUGAACAAGUACGUCAGUGAAACUUCCGAUGAUAAAUAUAGCCAGGGAUGGAACUCACUCCAAGUUCUGUUGGAGUGCUGUGGUACCAACAACUACACAGACUGGGCCGAUACAUACUGGGGCGGAAACCAGACGGUCACGAUGAUUGGGGGCCAAAAUCUUGUCCCAAUGUUCCCUGCAACAUGCUGCAAGGUUGCCAACACUUCUGACAUCGUGUCUGGUAGCUACCCUACACCCUUGGACUUCGAGAAAUGUUACGGCGUGGGUACCACCUACCCCAACGAAAUGUACCUAAAUACCAAUGGCUGCUACGACUCGUUCCAAGACUGGGUUAAGAGCCACGCACUGUACAUUGGUGGUGUUGGUCUGGGAUUGGCUUUCCUUGAGAUAAUGGGCCUGGUUCUCUCCAUGUGUAUGUACCACAUACUAAAGAAACAGUAAAAACAUUGGAGUAGGAAAUGAUUUUCGCCAUGGUAUUUGCUAUAUGUGUCUGCAGAGGUAUUGGUAAAGCUGAGGAAUAAACACAUUUUAGUCACGCAAUACUAUUUUGGAGAUGUCGUCUUAAUGAGACUAUGGUGUUCAUUUAAAGUUUAUUUUACUGGAUAGUGUAGUAAUUAUAGAACAUUAAAUGUUUGAAUUGUGACAGUAAUGGUGUCCAUGAAACACAAAUAAAGUAUUAUUUAAUGGUUUCCAUGGAAGUUCUGCUCACAUGUUUUAAUUUAAUUUGAGAACGACACAUAAUUCGUAAAUAAGCAAACAUUUAUACCCUGUAGGCCUACGGCCGCCAAUCACUGUUAGUAAUAAAA